AGAGGAUGAUGUGGUCAGUGAAGUACGGGCACCGCUCGAGAUCUCUGACAAGAUGUACUGCUCCGCCUGUCAGUGCAACUUCGAGAACCGAGAGGAUCAGAAGGAGCACUACAAACUGGACUGGCACAGGUUUAACCUGAGACAAAGGCUGCUUGGGGCGCAACCAGUCACCACAGAGAGUUUUGAGAAAAUAGCAGGCGAGAUCUCCAGUAUUUCAGGCUCUGACUCUGAGGACUCUGACUCUGACUCUGACUCUGACGCUGAGUUGGAACAGCUGUGUUGCCACCCCAUCCAGAGUGCCCUCGGUCCCACAGAUGAGGUUCCUCUUGCAGAGGAGAACCGACGAGGUCGACAGAGCCUUCGCGUUCUCUUCCAGACUGCGGAUGGCGAGUAUCUUUCUGUAUAUCGCUGUGUCCUGCAGGGUAAGCAGGCCCUCAGGGAGCAUGAGAAUGAGGAUAGUCUCUUGUCAUCACUGCUCAGCCUCAACCCUCAAACUGUCUGGGUCAUUCUGAUGACAGGCGGUGGACAUUUUGCUGGAGCUGUAUUUCGAGGGAAUGAAGCUGUUCUCCACAAGACGUUUCACCGAUACACUGUGAGGGCGAAGCGUGGAGUCACUCAGGGUGCAAAGGAUGCGCAGAAUAGAACCCGGGCACCAAAGUCUGCUGGGGCCUCGCUCAGGCGAUACAAUGAAGCCGCUCUCAUCAAGGAUGUUGAGGAUUUGUUGCUGAGUUGGUCUGAAUUUCUGCAAGCAGCCAGUGCCAUCUUCCUCCGAGCUCCCAACUACAGCAAGAGUAUCUUCUUCAGCGGUAAAGAGCCUGUCCUCAACCAGACUGACAGUCGGUUACGAAGCAUUCCCUUCCUCACCAGGAGAGCCACAUUCAACGAAGUGAAGCGGGUGCAUGCAGUCCUCUCCAAUGUGGAAAUCUAUGCAAGCAAUUCAGAUGUCACUGCAAUCCACAGCCCACAGAAAAGAGUUUGGAAGGAGAAGCUGAAAGUGGCAAGAGAGGCAUCAGGUUCUGACACAGAGGAAUGUGAUGGAGAGGUUUUCAGUCUCGCUGAUGCACCAACUUCCUUGGAAAUAUUGGAAGAAACACUGGGAACGUUGGAGCUCAAGGAAUUCGAUAUGUCCCCGAAAAAGAAAAAGAGGAGGAGGAAGAAAAGGAACAGAGUUAAUGAGAAGACAGUACAGAGCCAAGCUCCUGACAUCCUUCUUGAAGAGGGAGAUGAUGAGAUGACACAGAAUGAAGUUAGAGAUGCUGCUGAUUCUAGGGCUGGUCCGUUCUCCACUGGAGAAAAGCAGACCAAGAUGCAGCUGCAAAAUGCUCGAGCGAUUACUGCCGGGCUUUCUAAGCAAGAGAUUGAAUAUUAUCAAUUGAAGAACGAUUUGUAUACAGCGUGUAAGACUGGAAACAUAGAGCACCUGCAGGAGUUACUCAGCAACGUGUUUCUGCUUCACAACACUGAACAUGGCCACUCUGACCAGACCAAGUCUUCCAGUGAGACUACUGAGAGUACAAUAGGAACUGAUGAGCUGCGACAAUCACAGAGGCCCAGGCAAACAGGUCACAGUGAAGAUAGUGAGGUGGGAUUAGAGUAUCGCAAGGCAAACAGGCUUAACCCUGGAUCUCCCGUAAAGCAGGGUUUGUGUCCUGCUGUGGGGGCGAUGUCGAUAUUAUGCGAGGUGCUGGAUGAAUCAGGAUUCACCCUUCUACAUGUGGCAGCAGCGUCGGGUCAGGCAGCUAUUAUCCGUCUGCUGAUGGAUGCAGGCUGUGAUCCUGCCAUAAGGGAUAAAUGUGCUCGUCCCGCUUAUGCUGUCUCCGCAAACAAGGAGACAAGAAAUGAGUUUCGUCGUUACGUAGCAGACCACCCAGGGAGAUAUGACUACAAAAAUGCACAGGUGUGGUGCUGACAAAAUUCCAGUGGGGUCGAACCAGGAUCUUAUAUAACUGUAGAAAAACUGCAUCCUUAUACUCCAAUCCUCCA